AUGAAGGACAAGCUGCUGGAACGGCGGAGCACUCUCAUAGAGGAGCUGAUCAAAACAGAUCACACCUACCGGCCGCCUGCAGACUACAGGCCUGCAAAGAAGCACAGGAAGGUGUUCAUCCCCCAGAAGGAUUAUCCGGGCUACAACUUCAUUGGGCUGAUCAUCGGCCCGCGCGGCAACACCCAGAAGCGCAUGCAGAAGGAGACCAACACAAAAAUUGCCAUCCGCGGCAAGGGCAGCGUCAAAGAGGGCGCCAGCCGCGACCCCAAGUAUGACUAUGGCGAGGACGAGGAGCUGCAUGUGCUCAUCACUGGCGACAAGCAGGAGGACGUGAGCCGCCUGCCCCUCCAUUUUGCACCCUGUUUCGUAAACGCUGUGCUGUAA